AUGUUUUUCAAUAAAUAUAAGAAAAAAUUUAGAAACACAAAAAGGAAAUAUUGUUCUUCGCCUGAAAAAAAUGAAAGACCAAAGAAAGAUACCAAUAUUUACUCUACAAAUAAGACGAUAUUAAAAAAUGUUAUAUUGAAAGAAUAUUUUAAAGCAAUUUUGAAAAAGAUUUAUGAAAAUUUUCAAAAAAACAUAUAUUUUUUUGAGAUCUUCAUAUAUAUGGAUCUUAUAAAAUUAAUUGAUUCUUUGGAUAUUUCAGGGCAUUAUAUGACCAAAGAUUUUAUCCAGUUUACAAAUUAUUUUAAUGAAACUUGCUAUAAUUUGUUGACUGAAUUUUUUAAAAAUUUCAAAGCAAAUGAACAAAGAUGCGAAGAUUUUUCUGAUUAUUUAGAAAUAAUAAUUAACAACAGGUUUUUUAUAAUUAUCCUUAUUCCCUUGAAUACACCCAUAAAAACAGAUUGUAUUUUAAAUCUAACAAAAUCUCAUAAAUUAGAAAACAAUUUUUAUAACAUUUUUGAAUUAAUUAACGCAACAUUAAUAUAUAAAGAUAAAAAAAGUUUUUUAUAUAAAAGUUUUUAUAUGAGAAUAUGUGAGUGCUCAAACAUUUAUUUGCCUCAUCAGAAUGUUCUUGUACAAAUUAACAACUUAGGACACCUAAAUGAAAAGAAUUAUAAAGAAAUAUGUAAAUUAUGUUUUACAAAAGAAUAUGAAGAAAUAACAAAUAAGAGAGAAUUUAAAAAUUUUUACAUUUUAAAGUUUUCCUUUAAUAAGACAAUUGAUGAAUAUAAUAAUAUAGAUGAAUAUACAAACUUUGAGGUGUUAUUUCAAGAUAUACCAGAAAAAAAUGAAUCCUUUGAAAUUGGGUCUAAAUAUAAUUUAAUAGUUGUAUCUAUUCCCAAUAAUCUGACCAAAAGUUUUGUUAAGGGAGCACGUGUUGGCAAUUUGUGGCUCCUAAAUUAUAACAAAAAUAAUUUAAGAAAAAUUGAAGAUAAUAUUAUAUCUCUUUCUGAAAACGUGAAUACUUUAUUAUCUACUGAGAGUUUUAAUUAUUUGUUGCAGUCACAAAAUUUGAAUGAUAUGAACAAAAUAAUAAUUGAUAUAUUGAAGCUCCCUAAAAAUAACACCUGUCUAAAUAACAUUUGUAAAAUUACAAAGUUAGCUUUAAUUUUAAUUAGUAUAAGUAAUAAUUUUUUAAAAUACUUAACACUUGAUACACUUACGUAUGAUAUAUACAACAAGGUGAAUAGUAACAAAUGGAUUAGACGCCCAACAAAAGAAAAUAAUUUAGCUAGAAUACGAGCUCCACAUUGCUUUUUUAUAUGUCUAGAUGAAAUAAUAAUAAUCGAUAUUGUUAAAUAUUGUAAUUACUUUUGUAAUAUAAAAUUACUUAAUGUAAAAACUGAUUCUUUUAAUAUAUUGUUUACUCAGAAGUAUGAUAUCCUAGUUAUAAAUAUAAAUAACUUGAAUAAUUCUCAAAUCAAUAUACUUGUAGAAUUAAUGAAAAAUGGUUUGUACAAAAACAAAAAGAAGCUUUUUCCUAUAACGACCACUUUCUGGGUUUAUGCCAUCAAAUCGUAUAUAAGAAAUGAACACGAAUUUAACACAUAUAUUAAAGACAAUUUAUUAGCACGCUUUGACUUUUUAUUUGAACUGGGAUUUGAAAAAGAUGAGGAUAUAAUUAAUGAAAUAUUACAAACGGCAGAUGAUGAUAAAGAAAUAAAUGCUGAUUAUUAUUUUGAUUUAAAUAAUAAAUAUCCUUAUUUAAAAAAGAACAAUAUAUAUACUUUUGAAUUUAAUGAAUUAAGUGAUAUAACAAAAUCUAUUAUUCAAAAGUAUUUUAAUAUGGCAUCUGAUUUAUCAACAUUAACUUUGUAUCAUAUAGGUAUUUCCGAAUUAUUAUGUAUUAGCGUAUCAAUAUUACUAGGGAAGAAAGAAUGUUUAAUUGAGCACGUUGUUUUAGGUUUAUUUUUAUAUGAUAAAUUUGUUUCUUCUACUAAAAACAAGUUAACUCAAUUUGAUAAAAAUAUCCUACACAAUAUAUUUAAUACUAAUCAUAGAGAUACUAUACCUUUUCAAAAAUUGAUGAAUUAUUUUUCUUCUUAUUUGAAUGCAACAAUGAACUUAUAA